GCAAAAUGUGAAAGGCAAAAUGCUUGAAUUUUCUCCUGCAAAGAACACACGCGUCGUUGUCAGGUGUAACACUGUUAAAAACUUCUAUUAAAGAGAAAUUGAUGAAGAAAACGAAGGAAGCUCAUUUCAGUUUUCAAGACUGUUUAGACUGAUGACCAAUGUCUUUUCGACUGUCUGCACAAUUCCAUAUGCCUUCCUUUUCCACAGCAAAUCGGCACCAUAAAGUCCAUAAUCACUCGAUUCCCCUCUCUCACAGGAUGUCUGUGUUUGGAUUCUGGGCUCUGAUCCUCCUUGCUGGAACUGCCUGUUUGUCUUCCACUUACUCAUCUUCUCAUGAUUUGAAUUUCCCCAAAACUGAAGAUAGCAUAACAGCUACAACAUCAUUCAAAGAACCAAAGGAAGGAUGCUAUAGUCAGCGCAUUUCUAGUGAAGAGAUUCAGAAGGACAACAUAAAUAUGGAGGGCUAUAGCAAGAUCGAUCCAGCUCCGAAAUCUACUGCCACCAUAGUAUCCAGACCAAUCGAGCAUGGCACUCCUCUCAUACCUUACAUUCCAGGACCAACACUGCUGGAUCACCCGAAGCAAGGCAGGUUGAAAUCACCUCCUUCGCCUGCUUAACCAUUUUAUCACCAGCCAAAAACAAGUCCUUACAUCAGACAUGGUAGUUUUGAAAUACGGAGCUAUUUCAAAGUUGAGGUUGUUUUCUGAAGUCUUACAUCAGGUAGUCAGCAUCAUAAGCUGUCCUUAGUUUGUUUGCUUGAAUAAUGAAAUCUUGAAGGCAGACAUAUAUAUCGCAUCGUUGCAAAA